UUUAUUUUUAUUUUUAUUUUUUUUUCUUUCUUUCUCAUUUAUUUCACUAAUAAUGUCUGAAAAGGCCUUUGCAGAGCACAUUCUUUAUUCAAUUCGUAAAGAAUUGGAACUUUUAAAGACUCAUCAUUAUAUUGAGCCUCAAACUUACAAUGAAAUAUUAAAUAUGUUACCUAAAGAUGUCAAUAAUAUGAACCGUGGGUAUUCAACACCUGCUGCUAAGCAUAGUUUUUCAGGCACCACCAUGCCUUCUCCUACUGCUAAUGAUGCUAUUUCUUCUAAUAACGGUAUGCCUCCACCACCUUCUUAUGAAGAUAGUCGUAAUAAACUUGGAACUGCGGAAGCACUUUAUGAUUAUCGUGGUGAAAAUCCUAGUACCGACUUGGAUCUUAAGCAGGGUGAUAUUAUUCAAUUAGUUGAAUUUGUGAAUAACGAUUGGUGGAAAGGUACAGUAAACGGUAAGACUGGUAUUUUCCCUAGCAACUAUGUUAAGAAAAUAGAGUCACCAAUGAAUGAAAAAAAGUCUUUAAACUCUACUCCUCCUCCUCCUCCUCCUUCUGAAAGAGAUAGCUAUGGUAGUUAUACAUCUUCUCCUUUACCACCUAAACAAGAUUCCUAUAACUAUCCUCCCCCUCCCCCUCAACAAUAUAAUAGUUAUACUCCCCCUCCUCCUCAGGCCACAACUUACACUCCUCCUCCUCCUCCUCAAGCCACAACCUAUACUCCCCCUCCUCCUCAACAAAUGAGUUAUGCUCCACCACCUGUUCAACAAGUAGCAAGUACUUCUUCUGCUCCCGCAGCUGUAGAAGGUCAACAUGAAAGUAAAUUUUCAACUUUUGGUAAAAAACUCGCUGAAAAUGUAGCUAGUUCUGCUACUUGGGGCUUUGGUGCUACAAUUGGCAGUAAUGUUGCAAACUCUAUAUUCUAAGAAGCAAUUCAUACCAUUAAUACUCUUGAUAGAAAUUAUAGUCAUUUUAAAAAAAAAAUAAAAAUCA